AUGACUCCCACUCCCGCUCCCGCAGUCGUCCUCGAGGCCGACCUUGACGAGACUACGCCCCUCCUAGUCUCCACUCGCCACGAGCACCCCCAAGACAGCAACUCGCCGUCGGAGCGCCGCUCCUCUCGGGUGAAUCACAGGUUAUGGCCGUAUGCCGCGAUCCUGUGCGGCGCGCUGUCUCUCGUCGCCGACCUGGGCGACGGGUUGACCGCGGCUCCCGAGGUGCGCCUGCUGGAGAUGGCCGUGUGCAGAGACUACUACCACGAGCACGACCCGCGUCUGAUUGGCCCGCCGCCGCUGAGCUAUGUGCGCGAGGAGCUGUGCAAACGCGAUGAGAUCCAGGUCGAGUUGGCCUACUUGCGUGCCCUAAAAGGCUUGUUUGCUGCUGUUCCUGGUCUCUUUUGCACCGUCCUCUUUGGGAGACUGGCGGAUCAUUGGGGACGAAAACCUAUUUUGCUGUUGGGCAUGACAGGCCAGAUCCUGACCUACCUCUGGGUCAUUAUGAUUUGCUAUUUCCAUGAAGUCUUCCCAACCCGACUCAUCUGGGCAUCUGCCGUCUUCCAACUCAUGGGCGGCGGCCACCGCAACAUCUCAGCCCUGAUGAACACCGUCAUCGUCGAUGUUGCCCCGGAAAAUGCCAGAACCUCAACCUUCUAUCUCGUCGGCGCCCUGAUCCGCAUCACCGACAUGCUCUCCGCCGGCGCGGGCUCCUACCUCCUCUCCCACGACCUCUGGCUGCCCUUCAAAAUCAGCACCCCCAUCCUCCUCACAUCCCUCCCCAUCAUCCUCACCCUCCCCGAGACCGCUCCGCCACGGACCCCCCUCCCCCCUCGCCCCCGCCACGACAGCCUCGUCCCCGAGUCCCCCACCAAACCCCACCGCCCCGCCACGACGACGACAAUGACGACGACGACCUCCCUCCUCCACUCCUUCCCACCACCCCUCCUCCUCACCCUCCUCACCAUCACCCUCAAAACCUUCGCCCUCAUGUCCGCCCACACGACCCUCCAGUUCGCCUCCCGCGCCCUGCGCAUCCCCCUCGCCUCCGCCGGCUACCUCCUCUCCCUCAAGGCCCUCGUCUCCCUCCUCGUCCUCGUGCUGCUCCCCGCCGCCGGCGCCGCCGCCACCUCGCGCCGCGGCGUCGCGCCCGUGGCCGUCGACGUGUGGGUCGCGCGGGGGAGCCUGGCGGCGCUGGCGGCGGGGAGUCUGGUCGUGGGCGCGGCGAGCGCGGCUGCGGGGGCGGGGGCAGGUCAUGGGGCGGGGGCGGGAGCGUUGGGGUUGCCGCUGGCGUUGGUCGUGGGCGGGUUGGUUGUGGGGAGUGCGGGGAAUGGGAUUACGCAGACGAUGAGGGGGUUGGUGGCGCAUUUUGGGAAGGGGUGGGAGGGGCGGCGGGGACGGAGGAAUGAGCGAGGGGCGGGUGGUGGUGGUGGUAGGGAUGAGGGGGGCGAUGAGGGCGGGCCUGGUGGGGAGGGGACGGGGAGCCGUAUGGGUCAGUUGUAUGCGGGUGUCGCGUUGUUGGAGCUGAUUGCCGUGUUGACGGGCGAGAUGGCCUUUGCGUGGUUGUUUGCGCUUGGAAUUAGGCUGUCGUCGUCGGAAGGUGAUGGUGGUAUGCGGUCGGGGUGGGAGAGCGGUUGGUUGGGGUUGCCGUUCUAUGCUGCUGGAGUUACUUUCUUCCUCGGUCUUGCCUGUGCCGCAAAGAUACCUACUAUGUCAACUACUCAAGGUGACUGA